UUGUGCUGCGAGCAACGGGACUUUUCGCCGGCAAACUCCGUCUCAGCGCAAACUUUCGCACAAACUUUCGACGGCUGCAUAUGCACGACUCGCAUUCCUAGGUACGAAGUAUUAAAAUCUGACGCGUUUUACGGGCCAUGGGACUCAGCGGCCAAAUAGCCGGGGUGGAUUGAGAUCGUGCAACCAUGCAUAUCGUGGAAACCCUUCCGACGACUGCGACACUCCUAGUGCACAUGCUUUUGAUGUUUCAGUUUGAAGCAGGAGUUUCUGGCUUCGAGCCGGACUUUCUCUACCCGUUGGAGAACAUCACGGUACCUCAGGGGCGCGACGCCACCUUCACCUGCGUGGUAAAUAAUCUGGGGGGAUACAGGGUGAGUGGGGAUCUCGCCACAGCCAGGGUCGCGUGGAUAAAAGCGGACACCAAGGCAAUAUUAGCCAUCCAUGAGCACGUUAUUACCAACAACGCACGAUUAUCUGUAACACACAACGAUUUCAACACAUGGACGUUGAAUAUACGGAACGUUAAGAGAGAAGACCGGGGGCAGUAUAUGUGCCAAGUAAAUACUGACCCUAUGAAAAUGCAGACUGCCUUUCUAGAAGUGGUAAUUCCUCCGGACAUUAUUUAUGAAGAAACGUCGGGAGAUAUGAUGGUACCAGAAGGUGGCUCAGCGAAGCUAGUAUGCAAAGCUCGCGGUUAUCCGAAACCGCAUAUCGUCUGGAGAAGAGAAGACGGUGGAGCUAUUGUGGCGAAAAGUAGCACAGGCAGGACUGAAAGACUCACUUCAGUCGAAGGAGAAAUGCUGACCCUAACUAAGGUCACAAGGUCGGAAAUGGGCGCAUAUCUUUGCAUCGCUGCCAACGGGGUCCCUCCUUCGGUCAGCAAAAGAAUGAUGCUUCAUGUACAUUUUCACCCCCUGAUUCAGGUCCCCAACCAGCUAGUGGGCGCUCCGGUUAACACCGACGUCACUCUCCAAUGUCACGUGGAGGCUUCACCAAAGGCAAUCAACUAUUGGACCAGAGAAAGCGGCGAAAUGAUCAUUUCGAACGAUAAAUAUCAUAUGACCGAAAUCAACAAUUCUUACUAUAGCGUCCAGAUGAAGCUGGUUAUACGCCGCUUCCACAAAUCAGAUCUUGGAGGCUACAAAUGUAUCUCCAAAAACUCGAUCGGUGAUGCCGAAGGCAACAUUCGUCUCUAUGAAAUGGAGAUUCAGGAGCGUGUAGAUGCCGAAGACGAGAAUAUGGAAGAAGACGUCGAAACGGAAAAUACAGAAAAGCGUCUGUAUAACGGCUAUCAAGGGCCACUUACUGAAACUGAAGAGAGCAGCUUGCAGCCGAAUAUCAGUUCCGGAAGUUCCGGGAGUACGUCGGACACGGUGUUGCGAUCCGCUAGCUUUCUGUUGGUACUCUUCCUGUUGAUUUGACGCUGCAGUGACGGUGCGCGGACACAGUGCAAUGUGAUAUGUGCCAAAUCUACUCGUGCUUCGCUACCUAACGCUGAGUGUCGUCUGUAUUAUAUGAACUGUCAUAGCAAAUGUUAAAAGUAGCAUGAUAAAUGUUAAGCCUCUGUUGCAAUUAGACGCCUGCUAAUUCGUUUACUUACAUUCAAAUGUAUCAAACCUAAACGAUCGUAUAUGUUCAGUAGUCGAUUCUGUUCACGUUACGUUCAAACGUUUAUUUACUGUUGCAUAAAAUGUUUAUAUUUAAGCUAAAUAAAUUGUUUCGAAUUUUAA